GGACUCUCCUCCACCUUAACCAGAUGCUAACAACAACAUUCCACGUUACCGCUCGCGCACUCACACAAAAUGUGCUCGUGCCACACACACACAGAGCCGAGCUUGAAUGAAACAGAGACCCAGAAGUACUUGUACUGUAUUGUAUAUCAUAUUAUUUUCGAUGGCUUUACUGUAUAAUCAGUAUAACAGAUGAACAGAUCGCCACUGGGCUUUCAUCUAAACACACAGCCACGUAAUGAUAACAAAACAAAGGUCGGGGGUCAUUGGUCAAGCAACACACCAAUCAGAGAGCAGCAGUGAGCACACCUCAGGCUGUGUUUUCAACAGCUUUCAUCUCUUGCAUUUAAAUAACUCUUCAACUAUCCUAAUCUCUUCAAUUAUUACAUUAAAUUACUUUCAUCGCUCUUCCUUCAAAUUAUAUUUCAACUGCUUUCAUCUUACACAAAUCAUUUCACAGUGAAAUGACUUUAAUGCUUCCACUUCAGCUGCUUUGACCACAUACACAUUAAAAAGGCCCUCUUGUGUUUUGGGGGUUUUCCAUUUCCUGUAGUCUGUUAUAUAGGCUUUUGUGCAUGUAAAUGGACAAAAAUGUAUGUAACUUGGUUAUAUAGGAUGGCCUGAAACGCCUCCAUUGUGCUCCUUUGUUUACUUCUGUAACAUAGUCACAACAGAUCCGGCCAGCUAACCCGACAGAGGGUGAAAAGAGGUGCUGCAGCACAGGCAUAUGAGAAAAAUAAAGACCUUUUUGUACAUUAAAGCAUGGAGACAUGUCACAGUAGAGGCAUUAAAUACUAAUAUGAACCACAAGCACUUUUCCCAACAAUGAUUUAUUGGAAGCACAAGGUUAUAUUAAACAAGAUAUUGCCAAAGAAAAGGCUUGAAAUAUUGCACUACAGAUGUAUGGGAUUCUGUAUGGCCCCUUGGUGCUGUAAGGGUUAAACCUUGUGAGGGACCUGGCCCCUCCUUGCUGAGCAGGCCUCUCGGAUGUAACAGGAGCCUUGUGUUUUCCAUUCUGCUCUCAUCAUGGCUGCAUGGCUGUGCCGGGCUCUGGUGCAGAGGAAUGGACGCUUGUUGCCUUCAUACCCUAACUCUGUGGGCAGAUUGUGCUCCAGGGCGGUGGGAAGCUCCCCUCCUGCCCCCGGGGCCCUCUCUGCCUUCCAGGACAAGCCUCGGACUGUGGAGGACCUGCCUAAUAUCAGCAUCUUGGAGCUGAUCUACAGGAUGGUGUUUCAGGGCUUCUACAACCGUUUGCAUGAGCUACAGAUCUAUAACAAGAAGCUAUAUGGGCCCAUAUACAGAGAGGGACAGAAGAGCGUGUCAGUGAACACUCCACAGCUGCUGGAGGAAGUGCUGAGGAACGACGAGAAGUUCCCCACCCGAGGAGACCUGUCCGCGUGGAAGGAAUAUCGGGAUAUGAGGGGAUACGGCUAUGGGCCUUUCACAGAGGAGGGGGAGAGGUGGUACAACCUGAGGGUGAUGCUGAACAAACGCAUGCUGCAUCCGAAGGAAUCCGCACAGUAUGGGGAUGAUAUCAAUGACGUGGUUACAGACUUCAUCAAGAGGCUCUCCUACCUCCGUCAGUGCAGCCCCGAAGAAGACUUGGUGCCUGACAUGGCCAAUGAGCUCUAUCGAUUCUCACUAGAGGGUAUCGCCUCCAUACUGUUUGAGACAAGGCUUGGGUGUCUGGAAAAGGAAAUCCCUGCAGGGACUCAAGACUUCAUCCACUCCAUAGGCCAGAUGUUCUCCUACAACAUGGCUGCGUUUCUGAUGCCCAAGUGGAGCCGCAGUCUGCUGCCCUACUGGAGGCGCUACAUCGAAGGCUGGGAGGGCAUCUUCUGCUUUGGUAAAAAGUUGAUUGACAAAAAGAUGGAGGUCAUCCAGCAGCGUGUGGAGAACAACCAGGAAGUGGAGGGGGAAUACCUAACAUACCUCCUGUCAAACACUCAGAUGAGCACCAAAGACGUGUAUGGCAGCAUCACUGAGCUCCUUUUAGCUGGGAUGGACACGACCUCCAAUACCCUCACAUGGACCUUUUACCUGCUGUCCAGGAACCCUCACACCCAGGACAGACUUUAUGAAGAAGUGUCCACAAUGGUGCCAGCAAAGCGGAUCCCCUCCGCUGCUGAGGUCACUCGGAUGCCAUAUUUAAAGGCUGUUAUCAGGGAGGCACUGAGGAUGUACCCUGUAGUUCCUGUGAAUGCAAGGAUCAUUGUAGAGAAGAGUGUUGCUAUUGGUGGAUAUACAUUUCCAAAGAAAACCGCUUUCACGCUUCACCACUAUGCCAUCAGCCAUGACGAGGAGACAUUCCCAGAGCCGUUCACAUUUAAACCGGAGAGAUGGCUCCGUGACGGACAUGUGAGGCCCAACCCCUUUGCCUCCAUCCCUUUUGGCUUCGGAGUGAGGGGCUGUGUGGGUCGGAGGAUUGCUGAGCUAGAGAUGUAUAUGGUUCUGUUUCGGGUAAUCAGGCACUUUGAAAUCAAGCCAGACCCAACGAUGGGAGAGUUGAAAUGCAUCAACCGCACUGUUCUGGUACCGGACCAACCACUCAGCCUUUACUUUGUGGACAGAUGAUGUGAAAACACGGUGUUUUAAUGCAAAUGUUACAAAUGAAAGAAAAAUGUGUUUUGCAGAAGAAUAUUUGAUAUCGUAGGAGAGCGACCCAGGUUUGGAUCCUUUGCUAUGACAAAUAUAAGUAUGUAUAAUUCACAUUUUUAAACAUAAAUCCUCUAUAUCGUAAAUGCUCUAAUCACUUUUAAGUAAAAGCUCUUUGUAGUCCAACAAUGUGGUUGAGGAAUUUUGUCAGCGCUUCAUACUUGUAAUAAAGAGUCAAAUAUUAUUUUGUAUUACAAAUGUCACAAAGUUGGUAGGAAGCUAUUUAAAGAUGAACAGAAUUUGAAUGAAAAGUGAACAUAAAUCAUUUCCAGACUCUUUUCUAGUCCUUUUUUAGAAAGGUCUUAUAUCUAACCAUAUGGUUACACUUUCUUUAUCAAAGUAAAGCCUUAUAUAUUUUGUAUGCAUUGCUUAACCUUUUAUUGCUAUACCUA